UUAACCUCCCGCUGCCAAUACAUUUUACCAGUGACCUACUGACACAGAUCCGUGAGUCACUGGCCACCUUGAGAGGAAAAAUCCAAGGAAGCGGACCGAGCUAGUUAAGGAACUUAUAGUUUCUACUGAUAAUCCCUUCCUAAGCGACCAUCUGUGCUUCAAACGAGAUGGAAACCAAGACCAAACUAAUCGAUCUGGCGGUAGAAAAGACUUCCUCAUCUGCGCUGGACUGAUUCUUAUCGGGGGGAGUCACCGAUACAACAUUGAUAUAUGGAGUACAGUUAAAGAUCUGAAUGUCUCAAACAUCAAUAAUAUGCAAUCAGUUAAGCAAGAAAUAGAUUUGAGUGAACCCUACAGUGGGACCGAUGACCUGUUGCUUGGACCUGAUGCAGACUUAAUAGGCCACAACAUUCCUGCAGGUUCUUUCAAAGCCAGAUCUGCAUGUCGCAGAAAACGGGAGUUUAUCCCCGAGGAGAAGAAGGACACAGUUUACUGGGAGAGGCGGCGUAAAAACAAUGAGGCUGCUAAGCGUUCAAGGGAGAAGCGGCGCAUAAAUGACAUGGUGCUUGAGAACAAGUUGAUGGCUCUUGGAGAGGAAAACGCCUCCCUAAAGGCAGAACUGCUGUUGCUGAAGCUCAAGUUUGGCCUCGUGAGCUCGGCAGCUUACGCACAAGAAGUUCAGAAGCUCUGUAGCCCCUCCGCUCUCAGCUCCUUUCAGGAUUUUAUUCCAGCCAGUUCAAACCACAGCUCGGAUCAGGGAGACGUGGAGCCUUCACAGCUGCGUAGCAGCUGCAUAUCAGUUAUCAAACACUCACCGCUCACUCCUGAGAUUUGUUCCACAACACAGGAAGGCUUUGCUAUCUGCAGGACAACAGAUCUCAAGCAAGAACCAGCAGAAAAUGUCAGCCCUGCACAGGAAGGGAGUAGCACACACGAACUGUAUAAAAACUGCACGACCAGUAAGUUGUUGGACAUCUACGCCCAGCCCGUGUCAUCGGCACAGAUUACCAGGUCAUCCAGUAACUCACCCAGCAGCUCGUAUGAUAGCGUUGUAAGCAAAUCAUCAGAUGGUGAAGAUGAGCAGCAGGUUCCAAGGGGGUUGGCCCGACCUGCAGCUCACCCAAAGAGUGUCAUCGUCUCCACUCACAAAGUGCCAGAUCCCUGUUCCUCAGCUUUGCCCCAUAAACUGCGCAUCAAAUCAAGAAGCGUUCAAAUCAAAGUGGAGCCCGUUGAUCAUGAGUACGAGUCGUUUGGAAAGUCCUCCUCUCCUGUCAGUGUUUCUGAGGGACAAGGCUGUCGCACCAUCCUGGACUCCUCAGAGUACACCCAGCCCUGUCAUUGCCCUUUAUCCGUCCAGGUCACCAACAUGCAAGACUGGAGCAUCAGUGAAACACGGUGUUACUGCAGGGUGGCUGCCAGGGCAGUGAACCAAUCCUGAGCUUCAGCUCAAUCACACCACUGUAGGUGGUAAAGAAUCUUUCUAUGCACUAGCAUGCUGAGGACUUGUGUAGAAACCUGCAAGGGUCAGGCAAAAGCACCAUCAAAACUUUGUGACUGACCUUCAUAUUUUGGAUUUUCUCUGUAGAAGUUGUUGCACUGUUGUUCACAUUUCAGUUGAACAUUAUUUUAUUAUGUUAAAAUUUUAAAGAUGAGUUAAACUCUUGCCAGAGACUAAUAGUGGAGAAUCUAGAGAAGCAGGCACCACUGUGCAAAAGCAAGAGGAGGUACUGCAUAAACUUUUGAUACAUGAAUUAGGUGUGGCACACCUAUUUUAAUACCAGAGUUUAUCCCGUGCCACUGGGUUGAGACUCUGAUAAUCUGCUGGCGCUGUUAGUAAGCCAAUCAAACUGGAAACAAAUUAAUGAAAUGAACAAAAUAUUUACUUCCUGUUUGGUCUCUUUUUUUUAUCCAGUUUUUAUUGAAAUUACUGCAAAUAAGUGAGACGAGAAAAGAAAGUGUCACAAAUUGAUGAUGGAGCACUGUUAUUAUUCUAGAAUAAGAAAGGCAAGAAUGGGAAUUGUUGGAACUCUUGGCUGUUUUCUAUAUUCUGUGUGUGUGUUUCUUUUUCUUUGGUAAAUGUAAUUCCCACCUGCUGCCACUUUUCUUUGUUUAUGUUGACACACCUGCUGCCAUUGAUAAUUGUUCUGCUUAUUUUUAAUGGCUGUGAAAGGCUGCGUCCUUCCUGUGAGGGGAUGAAGGCUUGCCACGAUUUGCCUUAUAGCUGGAAGUCCAGACCAAUAUGUUGGCAUUUCCAACGUUGAUGAUUUUUUUUUUAGCAGUUCUUUGGUUCAGAACAUGGAUGGUCUUGUGGGGAUAUCUUUAGGGAUGUGCUCAGAGCUCUAAGAUAAAGCAGUUCUUCUUUACUAUUGUCUGAAACGUCCUAAUGUUUCUAGUUCAUUAAGACUUGGUGAGCAGAACCCAGCCGAGAAGCCUCUCUGCCCAAAGAGUUUUAUUGCUUGUUGCACCUGUCCAACAGUGUGUGACGAGAACAAACUUUAACACACUUGCAAUAGGAACCUUUUAAUGGUUUUUCAAAGGCCCUUCUAACAUUUCCUGUUAAUUUUUGUUUGAUAAAGAAUUGGUUAUUUGUAUUAUUUUUAGUAAAUGUGUUAAAUUAUGCAUCUCAAAUGAAACAAGUGUGUGUCAAAGCUGGAGGAACAAUAAUAGUGGUGAUGUCUCUUGUGUCCAGCAGACUCCAGGUUUACUGUAUUGGUGAGUUUUUGCUUACAAUAAAUGUCUUGUCACUGAA